AUCUAUAACAAAAACAGGAAGACAACAAAAGUUAUUGCGGGUCAACAGCGUUGUGAAGUCAUUUCACUGAAAUGGGCACAACAAAAAAAACAAAAACAAUAAUAACAACAACAAAUUCAAUGAACUGUGUGAGAGUGUGUGUGUUGGUAUGUGUAAAAAAGGGCAACCUGCGUUUGGACAUGUUAACGAUAAGUUUUCCCUUUACGACUGAUGAACAGUCAUAAAUAUUACGCGUAUGCCACACGCUUUUAUUGAUUAGCCCUGGUGAACUACUUUGUUGCGAGUUGCCAGUUGUGUGUUAUAUUUAUGGGUUUGUGUGAGUGUGUGUGUGUCUCCUGUGGUGCGCCUGCAACAAGCUGCAGGCAAUUAGGUUGGUCUGCCAACUUUGUUUUGCCCAGUGUUUGGCGUUUUGCUGUUUAAAGACUAAAGACUAAAGACUGCCGUGACGCGCAAAAUUGCUGUGUAAGAAUAUUUCUGGCCAAAACCGCAAUGCCAACUGUGCGCGUUUUUAUCGACCAAACAAGAACCAAACUGACGGAGUCGCAGUUGGCACACCACGUGAGUGAUCAGGUGGUAAGUAGUUAAGGGAGAGGAGGUGUGUAUGGCAACGUCAAAAGUGCCAAGCAAAACAUUAGACAGGACUCGGCAACGUUCAAGGCAACGCUGUUCAUUCAGCCCAAUUCGGCUCAAACGGCCAGUUAGCCCAUCGUUAGUCCGUCGACGCAUAGUGUCUCCUUCACUCUAAACUAAGCUCUGAUUGGAAUCUAUAAGUUCUCGCCCCACAAAAGACAUCGCACGCGAAUCGCAAAAGAAAAGUGAAAGCUCUCAAGGCGCACACAAAAAUCCGGUAGUGAACAGUGGGCGUGGCCAAGUGAAGUCGCUUGUCUUAAUUGAAAUUCUAUUUUUAAUUCCAAGCAGGUCAAUGUGCUGGCAGCUGGAGUGCAGCAAAGCCAAAGGAGCAUUCUUGAAGUCGCCGCACAUGCAGCAGUGGUAAGGAAGCCAAUCAAGCGGCAGGCGGCAUGGGUGAUUCAGGUGAGUGGAUGCCUAAGACGUGGCGGCUAGGCUGCUGUUCCCCGCUUGGGUUCGGUUCCGUUCAGUUCAUAAAUCACGACACUUCCGCAAAGAAAGUAAUAUGCCUAUUGGCGGCUCCUUGAGGCGCAGUCAGGCAGCAAACGCAACCGCGACUAUUCAAUUUUGAUGCGAUGACGUUUGAGGCAGUUUGCUUGGCAGUUUGCAAUAGGCAAGACACGCAUACGUGGCCAUAUCAAGUUUAAAGAUAACACGCGGAUUAAGUCCCUUUUCAUGAUGGGCAGCAGGUGGCAGUUGUGGCAACUUAUGAGUGCAGCACUGCUGCAACGGAUUAGCAGUGGCAUUAGAAGAGCUUUGCACGCUGUUAGCACCACUUGUGUCGAAGUAAAAGUGCGCUCAAAAUGCUGGGCAUAGCCUGUGAUCCGUUGCAGCAUACGAGCAUGUAUGAGCGUGGCUCAGAUGACAGUGAGGACAGCGAUGGCGAGGGAGGACUGGGAAAUGUCUCCAGGGUCAUUAUACGUCCACCUGGUCAGAGCGGCAAAGCGAAGCGUGGACACUUGUGCUUCGAUGCAGCCUUCGAGACAGGGAAUUUGGGCAAAGCGGAGUUGGUGGGUGAAUUCGAGUACGAUUUGUUCUUACGCCCCGACACUUGCAAUCCACGCUAUCGCUUUUGGUUCAACUUUACGGUGGACAAUGUGAAACAGGAUCAGCGUGUGCUUUUCAACAUUGUCAACAUCAGCAAGAGUCGCAAUCUUUUCAACUGUGGACUGACGCCUCUUGUCAAAUCCUCGAGUCGUCCCAAGUGGCAGCGUUUGCCCAAGCGUCAGGUGUUCUUUUAUCGCUCGGCCAUGCAUCAGGGUCAUUAUGUGCUUAGCUUUGGUUUCAACUUUGACAAGGAGGAGGACGUGUACAUGUUUGCUUUGGCAUCGCCUUACAGCUACUCUCGUCUGCAAUCAUAUCUGAAUGUAAUCGAUGCACGUCAGGGACCCGAGAAACGUUUCACACGUUGUGUGCUUGUUAAAUCCUUGCAAAAUCGCAAUGUGGAUCUGGUGACUAUUGAUCAGGUGACGCACAAUCAGCGCUCCACGAAUCGCUUGGAACGCAGCUUCAUACGUGUCAUUGUGAUUUUGUGUCGCACGCAUUCGAGUGAAGCUCCUGCUUCGCAUGUGUGCCAAGGAUUGAUUGAGUUUCUGGUGGGCAAUCAUCCUAUAGCGCAAGUGCUGCGUGAGAAUUUCGUCUUUAAAAUUGUGCCAAUGGUGAAUCCGGAUGGUGUCUUCCUGGGUAACAAUCGAUGCAAUCUGAUGGGCCAGGACAUGAAUCGCAAUUGGCAUGUGGCAUCGGAGUACACGCAACCGGAGCUGCAUGCCAUCAGGAAUGUGCUGAAGGAACUAGACAAUUCCGAUACCUAUCAGAUUGACUUUGUGAUUGAUCUGCAUGCGAAUAGCAGCAUGCAUGGCUGCUUCAUCUAUGGCAACACCUACGAGGAUGUCUAUCGCUACGAGCGUCAUCUGGUCUUUCCUCGUCUCUUCGCCAGCAAUGCCCAGGAUUAUGUCGCUGAGCACACCAUGUUCAAUGCGGAUGAACGCAAGGCGGGCAGCGUGCGUCGCUAUUGCUGUGAGCGUCUCAGCGACACGGUCAACGCCUACACUUUGGAGGUGUCCAUGGCGGGUCAUUAUCUGCGCGAUGGCAAGACUAUAGCGCUGUACAACGAGGAUGGCUAUCAUCGUGUUGGUCGUAAUUUGACGCGCACCUUGCUGCAGUAUUAUCGCUUCAUUAAUGUCUUGCCCAUGCCGCUGGUCUCCGAAAUGAGAUUGCAGGGCAAGCGUCGAGGACGUCCGCGCACACAUCAUUCUCGCUCUCGUUCCCGCACACGCUACGAGGUGAAGCCAAGGGCGAAGACAACACGCUGUCAUGCGCCCAUUUCGUACACUAAUCUGAGCAUCUGCUACGACUCGGCAGGUGGCGUUUCGUCGGAUGAGGGCGGGUAUUCACCAACGAGACCGAUGAAUAUUGCGCCUGGUAGCAGCAGCUUUAGUGGUUAUCGAAACUAUCGACGCGCCGCCACAGCAAAUUGUGCACUGCAUGAUCAGUAUUCUUUGGGUGUGUGUGAGCAUCAAGGAGGAGCUGGAGUUGGUAGUCGCAGCAAGCGUGGAGCUGCUCCCUUGACGAUGGAGAUGCCUGUGCCACCUGGUGUGAGUGUGCCCCCAAAGCCGUACCUGUCCAUAAUCGAUCUGAAUCAGCUGACGCGCGGCAGCCUUAAACUCAAAUCGAGCAGUUUCGAUGCCGAUGAUAGGCGUUAAAUGAAUGGGGAAGAACUGGGGAACUGUAACAAUUUACGCUCUAAUCGAUUUUCUAUGCUUCUUGCCUGUUGCAGCUUUGUUUCUUACUUAAA